AUGUUUUCGGCUGUCCCUUCUGAGGAAUUUGAUGAGAUUAUAUAUUCUUUUUAAAUACAAUUAUUUUUCCAAGGCUUUGACUUCACAGAAACCAAAUUUGAUGUCAAAUUCGAUAAAAAACAACUAGAACCAUUUGCAACUCAGACUAUUGCUGUUUGCUUAUCGAAAUGGAUGCAUUCUUAAUAAAAGAGUAUAAGAAUGCUAAAGUACGAAAAAACACUGAAAAGAAACAAGUUAAGAAAUGAAGAAAUUAAGAAAAUAAGAAGUAAGAAAGGAAAUUACAUAAAGACCAUCCUUAGUUUGAUUAUUGAAGUUCAUGAGUUAUAUAUGAAAUUCAAGUCAAAAGUAAUUCUAAAACCUUCCGAAAAUCGUAGAAUAGAAAUUCCCUGCGUUAUUACUCAAAGUUAUUAAAAGCGUUUGAAGAAAAAGAAAGGACCACAAGUGUUCAAUCUAUAAUAAAUUUAGUAAAAAACGACAUUUCCUUUAUUAAUUCAAAUCGAAUAAUUAGUGGCAAAAAUAACUCAAAUUUUGGUCAGGGUAAUAAUUGGCUUUGGAAGAAUAUUUUGUUGCUACAUUUCGUAUUAGGUUGGUUAAAAGGAAAUAGGUUAAAUUAAUUUAGAAAUUCUUAUUACAAAUACUUAUUAUAUUAAUUAAUUAAUUAUAAAAUUUAUAUACUGA